AUGGCACCUACAAAGUCAUCAUUACACGAUAAAACUGAAAUUGAUACUACUGGAAAGAAGCAUAUUUUCUAUGUGCAAAACGAAAAAUACCAAUCAUUAAGGAGAAGGAAUCGCGGAAACAACAAUAAGAAUCCCUGCAAAAAUUGCAAUCAAUCUAACCAAUACUUAGAGACUUUGGAGAAACGAAUCGAACAAAUAUCAAACAAAGUUAAUCAGCUCGCAAAUGCGACCAACAAAAAUCAGAGUUCGAGUUUAACCAAGAGUGAAUCUAUCGCCUCUCCUGAUUUUUCGCAAAUGAAUACAGAUGCCCUGAUAAAUAUCGCAACACAUUUGAAUCCGAACACAUUUCAACUUUAUACGAAUGGAUUAGGAAAUUUCUGGAUAUUAAAUUUAGCAGAUCAAGUUUAG